AUGUCCUUCCUAUUUGGCAGGGCCAGAACGAGGCCGGCCGUGGACCUGCCCAAACAAGCCAGGGACCAUGUGACGAAGCUGGAAGGACCAAAUGGCUCUGUAAAGGCCGAAGAGCUUGCCAGAGUCCUGAACCAGAUGAAGUUCAUUUUGCAAGGUACUCAAGAGGCUGAUAGCAGCCCCGAACAGAUAUAUCAACUCGUUACUGGCUUGAUUGAGGAGGAUCUCCUCUACUUACUUGCCGUAAAUCUCUGGCGCUUACCGUUCGAAUCCCGCAAAGAUACCCAGGUUAUCUUCUCCUACGUCUUCCGUUUCCGCCCACCCACCGCCUCGCCUAAGAGCGACCCCCUCGCUCUGUCCUACGUUGUCAACAAUCGCCCGCAAGUUUUGCUGGAACUUUGUCGAGGGUACGAGCACAAGGAGAGCGCAACGCCUGCCGGUUCCGUUCUCCGAGAAGUCCUCAAAUCAGAAGCUGCCGCCGCCAUAAUCUUGUACGAUGACAAUGAAGAAUCUGGAUCUAGCAAUAAAGGUAUCAAUUUGAUUGACCGAGAUCGCCGUCAAAGCGGCGACGGCGUCUUUUGGAGGUUUUUUGACUGGAUCGACAAGAGCUCUUUCGAAGUCGCUGCGGAUGCCUUCACCACGUUUAGAGAACUUCUCACGAAACACAAGGAGCUUGUUCCGAGGUACUUGUCGGUCAACUUCGACCUCUUCUUCGACAAGUACAAUAACAUACUUGUACAAUCCAACAGUUAUGUCACCAAGCGACAGUCCAUCAAAUUACUCGGCGAGAUCUUGCUGGACCGCUCAAACUAUAGCGUUAUGACCGCCUACGUUGAUCGCGGAGAGCAUCUGAAGAUUUGCAUGAACCUAUUGAGAGACGACCGCAAGAUGGUCCAGUAUGAGGGCUUCCACGUCUUCAAGGUCUUCGUUGCCAACCCUCAUAAGUCAAUUGCGGUCCAGAAGAUACUGCUCAUGAAUAGGGAAAAGCUACUCACAUUCUUGUCCCACUUUCUGGAAGACCGGACCGACGAUGAACAGUUCAUUGAUGAAAGGGAGUUCCUCAUCAAGCAGAUCAGGAAUAUGCCGCCAAGCCCAGUGCCGCCUCAGAGGCAUGGCAUGUCUGGCGGCACUUGA